AUGGUUUUGGAGGAGUCCCAAAUGAAUCAAGCAAGUUGGUAUUACGGGGACAAGCAAAUAAGCAUUGGGACGAAACUUCUAGAACCUGUUCGAAUUGGCCUGUACGGUAUGGAGAAAUACCAGGCUCGGUUCUUCCCUGGUCGACCCGAUUUCGCUCCAAACAUGCCUGGUGUGAACGUUGACCGUCUACAGACCUACCAGCUAGAGGUACGAUUUGCAGACAUUACGGAUAAUGGGAGAUACCGCUGCGUCCUUGAGAUCAAAUCACUGCCACGACACUUGUGGCCAGAGGCGUACGGGGACUUGAUCGUCACGCAGGCGCCAAUAAUCCUUCCAGGACUUGCAUCAAAGAUAGUCGAUGAAGGUGACUCUCUCACGUGGGUGUGCAAGGCCCAAGGCUCGGCUGCGCCGCGUGUCAGCUGGACUAGAGCCAACGGCCGACCACUCAAUCUUCCCGGAUCACCUCAGAGAAUUUACAACGAGACGUUGCACAUACCGAAGGUUAACCGUUUCGACAGAGGCAUCUACCGUUGUCAUGCUGCAAAUAACGUUUAUGGCUCAACAGAGUACGAUGUGAUGCUGGAGGUCAAUUACAAACCACAAAUUCGAUUGGCACGUUACAAGGGCGCCUACGGUCAGAAAAGCGACAGCAACUACGACGUUAUAAUGGAGUGCAUCGUGAACGGUUAUCCUGAUCCCGAUCUGCUAUGGUUCAAGGGCAUCUACGACCCCAAGAUCAACAACAUUCCGCUUUACGACAGUGCCAAGUACGAAUUGGAGAAAACGCGAAGUUACGGAGCUGUCGGAACUAAUGUAACUGACGUGAUUUCCCUGCUGAAAGUGAAGAACAUUCGAGAAAGUGACUACGGCAAUUACACCUGCAUGGCGGCGAAUCGAUAUGGCUCAGAAAUGACGGUAACGUACAUAUUCUGUAAGUGCACAUUCAGGUUAUAA